AUGGACACGCUCAGUGUCGACCAACUCCCGUCUACCGGCGACGAUCUCGGCCAGCUUUCAGCCGUCGCGGGUUCCGAGGCUACUCGCGUUGACGCGCAGGACAAGCCAGUUCAUGACCACGACAACAAAAAGCAUGUAAGACGUCGAAAGGGAUCGAUUGGAGCUGCAGUCUCCAAGCCGGCCUCGUCUUCAAUGCCGGCAAGCGACGCACACGCCCGCACCAGCCCGCCUGCGAGCCGACCGACGGUGCAGAGGAGCAUGUCCGCAAGCGCAAGCGUUAACACGAGUCGUCAGAAUAUUUCUACAUCUAGUUCCCCGCGCACCAGCGAAAAUACAGGACCUAGUGUAGAUUCUACGCCUGCAAUUACCGUCGUACCGUCUUCCCCGCUCACCAGUACACACCCUACACGCUCUGGCGGGCCUCCAGAGUCUCUUAGCGCCAUCACCGAAGCGCCCUCCGACGAUAGAAAUGAAAAUAAUCGGCGUGCAAACAGAAGACGUUCGGGCGUAGAAGCCCCAACAAACCAUCGACUAUCCGGGUUUUUCUCCAAUCUACUCCACAUCCGAGAACGGGACAGCCUCUCCUCGUCCAAUGCCCAUAAUCCCACCUCACCUCGCAGCCAUACACCCUCGCGACCGCCUUCACCAACCUUGCGAGGCUCAGUCAUGGUCCACGCCAGGCCUCUGGCAGAUGCGCUGCCCCCUUCCCUGCCAGGGCCUAGUUUGACCGAACUCGGCCUUUCAUUGUCCGUACUCACGGGUGAUCUUCCGUCCCAUCAAUUCACGGCCCCAACAAGCGGCACUUUUCUGUCGCCGCACUAUUUACUCCUUUGCCACGCUCAGGGUCUCGACGUCUUGCCAUUGGUUUCUCCUCCCCAAGUCCAACCGUAUGCUCUCGUCCGCCGUGUUUCAUUCAAGUCUGUCGUGGUCAUGGAGGAAAGAGGUGUUUUGGUAGCCAUUGCCGGCCGUCGGGAUGGCGUCCGUGUCUAUGCGCUCGAUGAGAUUCGAAAAGCAGUUGAAUGGCGUAUCGACGUCGAACUGCGACGUGAAAUCGAAAAGAAUCGAAAAGUCGAACCAAAGCGUCUCGUCGUGACCUCUCCAAACGCGCCGGCGGACAACAAGAAGAUUAAACGAAAGUCGGCGUCUAUCGGCUCAUUGACGAUGACACCAGCCAGUACAACACCCGGUCCCACUCGAUCGUCGUCGACCAAGAAGCGGUCGAAAACAAACCCUCCAUCACCCAUGCCUCCUGUGCCCAUGCUUCCGCCCUCUUUCCCUCCACCACGGCUUAUACCAAGAACGUCUGUCGCCAACUUUCAUAUUCAUCGACAAGCUAAUUCUAGGGGAAUGGCCAUGUCAGUUGCAGAGGCCAUGGGUCCCCAGAGACGAGAAGAUCAUACCCAAGAGGAGCAUGAAGAUGACAAGGGCGAAUGGAUGGACAACCGACACAGUGAUGACGAAGUCUUGGUCGCAGCUGGUCCAUCCGGGAGUGCUGCCCUCGACGAACGUACAUCCGCGAUAUCGGCGGCCGCCGCUGAGGCCGCAAUAAUGUCCGAAACCGCAGGUCUUCCUGCUACUGUGCCCUCUGUGCGAUCCCGUCAGCGACAUCGGCCUACAAACCUCAAUCUCGCCGAUUCCAAUGAUCACCCGCAUCGACCCGAGCUUGCGUCGCCUGCCCCGACGUUGCUGACGCUCCGACAAACGCUCAAUCAGUCUCCUCCGACUGCGCAAACUAUGGCGUCCGAACAAGAUUUAGAAAAUGAGCCACACACGCCGAAUGGGGAAGUGAUCUCGUUUGCAGAGGCACUGCUCGAGAGUCGCCUCCCUAAUGCACCUCCGCUGGGUCAGGCAGCUGCGCAACCGGCACCUGCAGCUCUCGUCACUCGGUUCCCCCUCUCGCGGAGGAAUCCUUCGAGUCAUGGAUUCGGCGGUCAAGGCCUCCCAGCCAGCAGCUCCAUGUCUCAUUUGGGUCAUUCGCUGUACGGAGAGGGCACGCACGAGGAAGAUACUGGUGGGAUUAUUGACGCCGACAACAGCGAUCAGGAAGGCGAGACAGAGAGCGCCAUGCAGCGGCCUGCUUCGAGAUCUGGAGGGUCUCUGCGAGCAACGAAUCGUCGGCAUCGAUGGUCUGUCUUCGAUGGCGUGUUUAGACCCUCGGACUCGGCCAGACAACACGAACUUAGGGAAACAUCUGAAACCGAUGCUACAAGAGUCGGGACCCCACUCACGAGAACAUUGUCGGAUGCCACUAUGCGAGGCCCGCGCUCUACGCGGACACCAGAGAGACGAGAUUCGAAUGCGUCAGGAAACGAUCCCAACGCACAGCGUAAUGGACCGUCCAGCUUCUCGCGUUUCUUUAAUCGAAAAUCGAGACGUCGCGAGCGAUCUGCUUCGGCUGCUGCUGCGUCCAGUCCGGACAUCUUGCGACCGGGUCAAGGUGUGGACGCAAAGGGCUUUGGGACGGCAUCAUCCCCGUUGCCUCCACAAGCGCCGCCUCCAAAGUUGGAGUAUGUCAAGCUUCCUGGUACCAAAGGUAGUGUGAUGAUCAAGGCCGUUGAAACACCUAAGAAGAGUUUCCUUGCGAUACUCUGUGGAGAUAAUGGUGAAAAAGUCGAGCUGUUCGCCGGGACGUAUCGAACCGCUCUCGGGCUUUCAAGAACAUUCAUCUUGCCGGACUCUCCAAAAACUCUCGAGCUGCAACUUCAAGGUGACGACUUGGUGGAAGUCUUCCUCGUUUUUGCGCAAAAUGUGUUUGGGUUAGAACCUGCAACCGUGCGUGUGCGGGAAGUGCGAAUCGGUCGAGCGGAGCGACGAGCAGCCAGGAGGCGCGCAAAUAGAGGAGCACUGCGAGUGCCGACAGAGGAUCAAAAUCAGGGUCCUGAAGAGGAUGUGACCGUCACUGCGCUCGUCGCGAGCUCGGAUGUUGGACACGACGACACAAAUCUGUUCCCAAAUGCGUAUUCACGCAACGACACAGCCGCCGUUGCACCAGAUGGGACGCUCACACCAACACGUGCACCGUCUGUUCCAAAUUCUGCAACUCAACCUGCGUUUCCGUCUGAAAACCCGGCGAACAACCUUCCUGCUCUCGGUCCUCCUUCCACCCCUCAUCCUGACGAGCUCGCAAAUGCUGUCAUGCUCUCUAUGGGGCCAUACACCACAUUUCAGCAACUGGCCUUUGCUCCUCCAUUCCCUCUGGCCACACUUGCUGAGGAAUGCAUCAUCCCUCCUUCAUACCCCGCUGUUCAAACCUACAAGAAGCGAUAUGAAUCAGACGUUCCGGACGUCCCAACAGAUACGGAGGAGCGUCUCGAGGUCACGACUCCUACGCAUGACGUACAAUGGUUUUACAAGGACCCCCGUGGCAUCAUUCGAGGUCCUUGGGCAUCAUCCUUGAUGCAGUCUUGGUUCAAGGACAACUUUCUUCCUCCAGAUUUACCGGUCCGACGUGAUACAGAGGAGGAAUAUAUUAGCCUCGAGGAGCUCCAACGUCAGAGUAUUGACCCCAGUUCGCCAUUUAGGCCACCUCCGCCAGGGCUAGCGAUCCCAGUCCGCCGUGGCAGCGACUUACGGCCAGAGGGACUGAAUCCACUUCUCGACCCAGUCUCCCUUCUAACCCAAGAGAAGCGAUUCGGGCCACCGGCUCUCUUCUAUUCAUCGCGUGGUGGUCAUAGCACCAGCAUCGUAGAUGCUCGCGGUCGCUCCGUUCUCAAAGGUCGUAUCCAUUGGACCUCGGAUGAUCAGCUCCCUCCCCACCUUCAAUCCCUCGGAAAACUGGGUGACGUCAAACGGCUCGAGACAUUUGAGACAACGGAGCGCACUAUCAUUGUGGCCUUUCGUCAAGGCGGCUUAGAGGCAGUCGACCUUGGAGAUGCCAUCAUGACCCCUGGUGAUGGAUGUAGGACCAUAUAUCCUUACUUUGAUCCGCCCAUUGGAACAUUUAAUCGCCGUCUUAAUUUCCUUUGGAGAACAGGCGCUCCCGUCGGCGAAAACGUGUUAUCCUUCAAAUCAUCUGGGUCGAUAUCCAGCAUUACGGAUACACAGGGUCCCAUGAACAAAGCGGCCAAGCGACGUAGUCUUAAUCCUUCGCUCAUAACGGGCGUCCGAAACUCUGGAUCCAAGGGUGGACCAUUCGGCGAUGGCGAAGAGGACCGAGACGGGGUUUCUGUCACUCCGGAUGAUCUUCUUGUCCUUGGACGUUCCGAGAACAACGUAUAUUUCUGCGAUCGUAGCUCUGGUCGCUUCCGACUCCUAGUGCUCUCCACGACUGCAAGGGACAGUUGA